AUGUUAUUCUUUAAAACAUUAUCCGAUUACAUCCGCAAAAAAAGUAAUGGAAAAUGGCCAACGAAGCCUCCAAACUCCUUUAUACUCUAUAGAAUAGCCUAUUCUCGUGAAUUAAAGUUGAAUAAUGUUAAGUUGUCAAUACAAGAGACUUCAAAACUAGUUUCAAAUUCUUGGGACAAUGAGAAAAAAUCGGUAAAAACUGCUUAUAAAAACCUUGCUGUCGAGAUUGAUAAAAAACUUUUAGAUUUGAGAAACGAAAACUCUAUCUCUGAUCAAGAUAUUUAUUUCUACAAUCAUGAUCAUUUAUCAAUCGAACAAUUGAAAGACUAUUAUUUUUCUAACCAACAAUUUACUUCACAACAAGUCAAUUCUAGCAUCGGCAAUACCGGUAAUAAUGCCCAUAAUAUUACUAAUAUUAAAGCUGUAAACAAUAAUGAUGACGAUCAUAGAGAUUUUAUGCAGCAGCAGCAACAACAACAAGAUUAUGAUUAUACGUCGUUGUCAACUCAGGAUUCCGAUAACAUUGCACAAAUUGAUAACGCUAACAACAUUGUUGCCGUAAAUGAAACAGAUAACAAUGUUAACAAUAUCAAUGGUCUUAACAGCAACUAUGUUGUUGAUGUUAAUAAUGACAACGUUAGAACAAUUGAACAAAAUUAUCAUCAAACCGUCAAUCAUUUAGAGAAAUUCAUAGUGAUGAAUUCGGAUUUAAGACUCCCUCGUAAAUAA